GUCCAAUUCUCUGCUGAGGAGCUACUUACGGGAAGGUGGUUUCACCUUCGAUUCUACGGCGUACUACGAAUGAGUCGUUUUGAUCUCGACGCGUCCGAGUCGUCCAACUCCAGAAUUGUCAACUUAUAAAAACAUUUCGUACAUGAUGGAGGUGGACGCGCCCACUAACGCCACUGAACAGCCGACGCGCGACGCUCCUCCUCCUUUCGACAAGACCACUGGGGAUGUAAUCCUCAGGUCGUCGGACAGAGUUGACUUCCGCGUCCGCAAAGCUAUCAUGUCCGAGGCGUCUUCUGUCUUUGAAGACAUGUUCAGUUUGCCCCAACCUCCGACCGACCACGCAGAGUCCAGCCUUGCAAGCGCAAACAGCGGACGUCCUGGAGAACCAAGUACCAGCUCGACAGAUUAUAAGGACGGCUGUCCUGUCAUUGUCAUGCAAGAGAGGAGCAAGGUCCUCGAAAGACUACUACGUCUCUGCUAUCCCGUCACGAAGCCGUCAUUGGAUUAUCUCGACCUUCUUUCCCCCGUCCUAGCUGCAGCCGUGAAGUAUGCGAUGGAUGGCAUCGUGCCUACCAUUCGACAAGAUCUCCGAAGACUCGCGAAGGAGGAGCCGCUACGUGUGUACUGUCUGGCGAUACACUAUGGGUUCGCGGAGGAAGCCGAAGAAGCCGCGAGGGCAUCACUGCAGCUCCCCCGACGCAUGCUGUACGUCUCGGUCAACUUGAAUGGCGUCCCGGAGCUUGAACUCGUUGACGGGAGGGUACCUCUGCUACUGCUCGAUUAUCACCAGCGGUGCUCCGACGCACUAGUCCGUCUCAAGCGCGAUGUACCGUUCUUAUCCCAAGACUGGGUAUGGAUGAAAUGCGACGCGGAUGUAGACGAUUGCCCCUCGGCGGGUGUGAACAUCAAGUUUUCAGAAGGUGGACUAUUGACUCCUACCAAAUGGUGGUGGGACUACUUGGUAGCCGUGGUUGAUAUCCUGAAGGAGAACCCAUCCAGCGAUGCCAUUCGGCGCGACACGCUGCUGCUUGACAAGGCAAUCAAGGAAGCCUUCGCGUGCGAAGUGUGUGGAGAGUUAGCGCAACAGCACAUGCGCAUUUUCAUUGACCGACUGGUUAGUUACGUGGAUAUGAAGGUAUCAAAGAUCAGGCUACCUGCGAACGUACGCAAAGACGCGGCGCCGCGGCCGAUCAUUCCCCGGUACUAGAAUGGCCGUUGGCAUCGAUUCUGCAUGCACAUGGAUGCAACCAUCUGGGCCAAUGCCUUCAUUUCAACAGGCUUCCCAUAUGAAACCAUGGUUCCACCAGAUGGGUCGUCCAGCCCACGCUGCGGACCGAUCACAUUUCAUUAUGUCUGUUCAAAUGGCGUGUGUCAACGAGCAUAGAAGAUACGCCGUUAUAUAUUUAGUCUUAACAACUGCAA